AUGGCAUCUGGAACUCGCCCAGACUAUCACCUCAAUCUCGAGGGCCUCCCGCAACUCAACAUGCAGUCCCGCUCGGCCAACGCUUCCCAGGCCAACUCCCCCAUCGAACCGCCUGCAGGAUCAGGACUUAGGUACCCGCUGGGCAAUGGCAUAGGAAACAGUGGUAAUCAAGUUGGCACGGGACGGACUGGCUCUCCCAGCAAGGAAUACGGCAGUCGGCUUUUCCCCAAACGUGCGCGUGAGAUACAGCAGCAGGAAGGGCUGUCGCCGCAGAUCUGGGGAGGACCUCCGACCUCUGGAAGUGGACACUCGACGCCCCUUCGAGAAACGAUUCCCGAGUCACCCGGCAGCGACAGCUUUCCAGACUUCAACGUCGAAGCUGGUCAGGCGAGCAGCGGCAGUCCCAACGACCUCUCAGCCUCGAGCUCCGCCACACGUCGCACUCGUGCAGGCACCGUUCCCUCCCGUUUCCCAGCCAUGGGGCCUCUCUCCAGCUCUGCCAACAAGUCGAACCGAGCGACGCCCUCGACCAGUCCAUAUCCCGGCCCUGGCUCGCCUUCUCACGCGGAACAGCAGGCCAACUCCGGCGCACCGCCCGCAAGCAGCAGCGCCGCCUUGCUGUCUCGUCUAAGAGCUGGGUCAAUGCCACAACGCGGACUUAUCAACACCUCUUCGUCCACCACACAGAAUCCAUUUGGGUAUGGCAAUUCUCUGUUUGCGAGCAACUGGCUUGCUGGAAGAGAUCGGGCAAGCACGCUGCAAAGUAUCAGGUCAUCUGAGGGACCAUCUUCGCCGAAUGCAUCUCCUGCGGACAACGAUGUAAGAACUUUGGACUACCUGGGCCUAGUGGACACUCCUUCCACUGGGAUGAACAAUUUGUCAAGAGCAGACAUGGACAUGCUCCUGAGUCAACAAGGAUUGAGUGCAGGUGUAAGCAUUGCCGAUCUGGCUGCCCUGAACGCCUACAACAGCAAAAAUACUGCGAACCGCUUCCGAUCAUACUCGGUCAACGCGAAAGAGAAGUAUGCAGACGGUGAAACGGACGAAAUGGAUCCGUACGAGCAGCUCCAGCAGCAGCUGUACUCCGGCACUGCCACGCCCACUGAUCCUGCCUCCGUUGCGCAGGCUGCUGCAAUCCACGAGGCUGUUCGGCAGCACAACUUGGAUGUGCAAGCAUUUGCAAACUUCGCUAGUGCGAACAGACCGAGAGCCCGUACUGCCGGCGUUCUUGACUCUCCUUCUUCUCGUGUACUUCGCAACUACAUGCCAAUGCCGUCUCGUCUGGACAACAGCAUGACGGCGGCAGACCUUCAGAGUAACGAUGGUUCGGAAUUCGGCGGACUGGCAGCCGCCGUGCAGAACAUGAAUUUGCACGCGAAAGCAUCCUACGAAGGAGGCAUGGAUGUCGGAAGUCUCGAAUCGCCAACCAGGGCACUCUGGCUAGGCAACAUUCCGUCCUCGACCACCGUCACAUCGCUCAAUGUCAUAUUCAACCAAUUCGGUCCAAUUGAGUUUGCCAGAGUUUUGACUCACAAGAGCUGUGGAUUCGUGAACUUUGAGAAUAUGCAAAGCGCCAUUGCCGCCAAGGCACAGUGCAAUGGCAAAGAAAUCUUCCCAGGGUGUGGUCCAAUUAGGAUUGGUUUUGCAAAAGAGCAGAGCGCAUCCAACACGCCUGGAGCUCAUGGUGCGUAUGCGUCUCCAAGCCCAGAUCCGUUCGUGUCGAAGAGUCGUCUUGAUGGUGCUCAAACUGGCGGAAACAUCAACGCGGAAACUGCCGCUGCUGCACUCGCCACUCCUAAUUUGCUCGAACUCCGCGAUGAGAUCAACAGCAUUGUUCAAGAGUUUGGUGCGACCUCUGAUGAUCAAGCUCGCAUUGCUGCAGCAUUGGAGAGUGCCAUGGGCUGGAAGGAAUAUCAAGAUGAGAUCCCAAUAAUUUCCGAGCCAAACCACAACCGCGUGCAUGACGCGCCGCGUCUGCGCGAGAUCCGCAAGCGUAUCGACAACAAUUCUUGCAGUCCGAUGGAGAUUGAGAGCAUUGCCAUGGAAAUGCUGCCAGAGGUCGCAGAAUUGGCAUCAGAUUACCUAGGCAACACAGUGGUGCAGAAGCUGUUCGAGCACUGUUCCGAGGAAACUAAAGAGGCAAUGCUGAACGAGAUAUCUCCUCACUUGGCCGAAAUUGGAAUCCACAAGAAUGGUACCUGGGCCGCACAGAAGAUCAUUGAUGUCGCGAGGACGUCCGAUCAGAUGAACAUGAUCGUGGACGCACUCAAACCUCACGGCGUUAGCCUCUUCUUGGAUCAAUACGGAAACUACGUGAUGCAGUGCUGUCUGCGCUUUCAAGCGCCAAUUAACAAUUUCAUCUUUGACACGAUGCUGGCCAAGCUAUGGGAUGUUGCUCAAGGCCGUUUUGGUGCUCGGGCGAUGCGUGCUUGUUUGGAGAGUCACUUCGCUACGAACGAUCAGAAGCGUUUGAUGGCGGCCGCAAUCGCAUUGCACAGCGUUCAGCUUGCGACCAACUCGAACGGCGCCCUGCUCUUGACCUGGUUCCUUGAUACCUGCACGUUUCCAAGGCGCCGGUCUGUCCUUGCACCUCGACUGAUUCCUCAUCUUGUACACUUGUGUACGCAUAAGGUUGCUUACUUGACCGUGCUCAAGAUCAUCAAUCAGCGCAAUGAGUCAGAUGCUCGCGACAGCAUCUUGCAAGCUCUAUUCUUCGAUGAGCAGACUCUCACCGACAUUAUUAGCGACCAGGCUUGCGGCGCGACCUUGAUUUUCAAGGUACUGACAACGCCAUUCCUGGAUGAGAGUAUUCGCCCAGAAUGCUUGGAGARUGUGCGCAACGUUCUCUUGCGCAUCAAAGCAACUCCAUCGCAGGGCUACAAGCGACUCAUGGAUGAGGUUGGGCUGUCCACGCGUGGCGCUCAAUCAGGUCUCGAGAGCCGCUCGAACUCCAAGGGUCGCCAUGCGAAUGGCCACCAAGGCAAUCUCGAAUCUGGUCAGAAUGGAUACGCACGCCACGGCUACGGUCACCAGGUUGAUCCAACCAUGGCACCCAAUCUGCAGCGAACCGUCAGCAUUGAUUCCAACAGCUUUGACCCUUAUGCUCAGCAGUACACUCACAGCCCAGCCAUGUCAAAUGCCGGCAUCAGUCCCAUUAAUCCUGCGCAAUACCAGCAGGCGAUGUUGGCUCAGGGCCAAAUGCAGAGGCCUCCUGGCUUCUUCGGUAGUCCUGGCAUGGGCCCCGGCAAUGGUGUGCCAAACGGCAUGGCCUACGGGGCAGCGUCACCCGCACAGCAAUUGGUCGACCCUUACAGGAAUGCAUCACCUAUGAUGCCACCGGGCAUGGGCUAUCAGCAACAAGGUUACCCAACCCCUAUGAUGGCCAUGAAUGGCUAUGGGCAAUACGCGCCCAUGCCGCAAUUCUACCCCCAGGGUCAGAUGUCUCAAGGUCAAAUGACUGGUAACAACAGAAGAGGCAGACGUUGA